CUCUGCAUACCGGAAGUAAGCAAAGGCCGCCCCUGCCAAGAUGUCUGCGCCCGGUGAAGACACGUUUGCCGAGGAGAGAGACGAGAUGGAGGAGAUGGACGAAGCUGGCAGCGACGACGACGACAAAGAGGAGAUGGAGGAGGAAGGAGCGGGGGAGGAGGGAGAGGAUAAGGUGUACGUCCCCGGGAUUGAGCCGCUACAGCCCGGAGAGGAGCUGGAGAUGGACCGGUCCGCGUACCGCAUGUACCACGAGUGUCAGACAGGCGCUCCGUGUCUGAGCUUCGACAUCCUGAGGGACGGAGAUGGAGACGCCAGGGAGGAGUUUCCUCUGUCCAUGCUGCUGUGUGCAGGCACACAGGCGGACACAGCCCUGAGCAACAGACUUAUUGUCAUGCGGAUGUACAACCUUCAUGGAACAGAAAAAGACAAAGAUGAAGACGAUGAGGGCGACAGUGGUGAAGAAAGUGAUGACGAUGAGGAUGAUGAAGAUAAGAAGCCGCAGAUGGAGUUGGCCAUGAUGCCUCAUUAUGGAGGGAUCAACAGAGUUAGAGUGACUCAGCGGGGAGAACAGUCAUUGGCUGCUGUCUGGUCCGAGAAGGGACAGGUGGAAAUCUUUGAUCUGAAACCUCAGCUGGAGGCCGUGCACAGUUCUGCUGCUAUGGCAGCUUUCAUUAAACAGGAGAAGGAAGCCGCUGCUCUGUUUAGUUUCUCAGGUCACAUGUGUGAAGGCUUCGCGAUUGAUUGGUCACCUACAGUACCUGGCCGUCUUGUCAGCGGAGACUGCAGAAAGAACAUCCAUGUGUGGGAGCCACAGCAGGGGGGGAGCUCAUGGCAGAUUGACCAGCGGCCUUUCAGCUCUCACAGCAAAUCUGUGGAGGACCUGCAGUGGUCGCCUACGGAGGCAACGGUUUUCGCGUCUUGCUCGGUGGAUCAGUCUAUUCGUGUCUGGGACAUCCGUGCGCCGCCCAAUUCAAUGCUCUCCGCCAAUGAGGCGCAUGCCUCAGACGUUAACGUGAUCAGCUGGAACAGGACCGAACCAUUCCUGCUGUCGGGAGGGGACGACGGGCUGCUGAAGGUGUGGGACCUCCGACAGUUUAAGACCGGACGGCCUGUAGCCAACUUCAAGCAGCACAGCGCUCCCGUCACGUCCGUGGAGUGGAACCCCACAGACUCCAGUGUGUUUGCCGCCUCUGGAGCGGACGACGUCGUCAGCCAGUGGGACCUUUCCGUAGAGUCAAACGACGUGGGCGCCAGGGUGGCGGGGGUGAAAGACCUCCCCCCUCAGCUUCUGUUCCUGCACCAGGGCCAGUCGGAGAUUAAGGAGAUCCACUGGCACUCGCAGAUGCCUGGCGUGAUGGUCUCCACAGCUUUGUCAGGAUUCAACGUGUUCAGGACAAUAUCUGUGUAAAAUGUAAAAAUGUGUGAGCGGGACUUUCUUUACACACAUACUGUGUAAUAAGCCACAAACUCCAGUUUCAUCAUUAGGGAGCUUGUAAUAAUGUACAUAGCUGCAUAGGUAAUAAAUAUGUUUGACCUUUUAUAGGUCAGUGUAGGCGCCACAUGGUGCUCAUACCUUUACUGUUCAGUCUGGAUGUUUUACAGAUGUGCUGACUAGGCAUAAUUCCUGCAUGCUUUGAAUAAAAUGUGUAAACCACC